GCGCUGGUUCAUUGAUCGCUCUCCCCCGCAAAGCUGCUGGCCGGGAGGGGAGGGGGGCGUCCACGCACGGGAGACGGCGGCCCACCCCGCCCGCCCACCGACCCACCCUGCUCCUGGGCGUGCUGGAGGCGGCCGGGCUCCGGGGGCCCCGAUCCGGGCAUCAGCGGUUGGGAAUGAAAAAAGUAUAAACUGAUCUGGCGCAGCCGGUUCUGCUACUUAUAGGAAACUGGUGGUUUCUGAAUGUGUGAUUUUGGCACGUUUCGAGUGAAUGGUUUGGGAUUUCAGUGACCCGCUGACCCUUUUUCUCCGUCUCUCGUCCUGCCCGUCCGUCGCCCUCUCUGGCCAAGUCCAGUUCCGUUCUUUGGACUGCGUCUCUGACCUCAAGUUGCACGGCAAGGAGUGGGCGUAUGGUGUCGCCUCAACCAUGUUCCCCCAAAACCGACCUCCGACUCACUUACAAGCUCCGCCUGUCGCCACCGCAGCGGCGGCUGUUGCUGCCGCCGCCGCCAGCGUCAUUUCGACUGCCCCUCAGUCCUUGAAGCUGACGUACCCGGAGAUCUUGGAUCGCAUCAAAGAAGAAUUUCAGUUCCUGCAGAACCAAUAUCACAGCUUGAAGCUUGAAUGCGAAAAGCUGGCGACGGAAAAGACAGAAAUCCAGCGGCAUUAUGUCAUGUAUUAUGAAAUGUCCUACGGCCUGAACAUCGAAAUGCACAAACAGACGGAGAUCGCCAAGCGCCUCAACGUAAUUUGUGCGCAGCUCAUCCCAUUCCUGUCUCAAGAGCAUCAACAGCAGGUGGUUCAAGCCGUGGAACGGGCCAAGCAGGUGACUAUGGCAGAACUCAACGUGGCUAUUGGGCAUCAGCUUCAGGCACAGCACCUCUCCCACCAUGCGCCCCCCAUCCCAUUGACGCCUCACCCAGCCAGCGUGCAGUCGGCAAGCUUGGCGACCAUUGGCAGCGCUUCCGGGCUCCUGGCGCUCUCCGGGGCAUUGGGGGGUCAGGCCCAGCUUGUCGCGAAAGAUGAUCGAGGACUUCAUGAUGCCGAUCAUAGAGAGAGAGACCCUGGUCCCAGUUCUUUGGCCUUGUCCAACGGUGAAAGGAUGCGGGCCAUUUCAGACUAUUUGACCGGCAGCAAAAAGAGGAAGUCGGAAGAGAAAGACUACGGCACAGACUACGGGAGUGAUGGAGAGAAGAGCGAGGAUAAUCUCGUGGUGGAUGAGGUAGGAGCAGAAGCGUUGGAUUUGGGCCUUCUGCGAGCAAGCUGCGGGGUGGGGGGAGGACGGGUGUCGUUCGUGCUGACGUUUAACGAGCACGCCUUCAUCCCCAGAGCGUUGGUUGCUAGGCAUGCAAAAAGGUGUGAGGAGAAUGGGGUUGGGAAAACGCCGCAGAGCGUUGGCCGCAGGAGAGUCAGGGCAGUGGAGCAGUCAGGGUCAUCCGGCGGGCCGCAUGUGGCCCGCGGGCCGUAUAAUGCCCAGGUCUGCGAUAGACGGAUGCCAAACUUGAACCGCCCAGGUAGCUUGCAAAUACCUUCAGAGACCUUUUGCCCGUUUUUUCCUUGGUCUUUCUCACCUUGCCAGCUGAGACAGGCUACUCUGUUUGAAGGCUCUUUCCCCAUCUCUGCCCUCCCCAUGUCCAGGGCCUACUCCUUCCACGUGAGCGCCGACGGUCAAAUGCAGCCCGUCCCGUUCCCACCUGACGCCCUCAUCGGCUCCGGCAUCCCGCGGCACGCCCACCAGCUCCACACGCUAACCCACGGCGAAGUGGUCUGUGCCGUGACCAUCAGCAACUCCACCCAGCAUGUCUACACCGGAGGGAAGGGAUGUGUCAAGGUGUGGGACGUGGGGCAGCCCGGAGCCAAGAUGCCCGUCGCGCAGCUAGACUGCCUAAAUCGGGAGAACUACAUCCGCUCCUGCAAGCUUCUCCCGGACAGCCGGAGCCUCAUCGUGGGCGGGGAGGCCAGCACCCUCUCCAUCUGGGACCUGGCGGCUCCUACCCCGCGGAUCAAGGCCGAGCUGACCUCCUCCGCCCCGGCCUGCUACGCCUUGGCCAUCAGCCCGGACGCCAAAGUCUGCUUUUCCUGCUGCAGCGACGGGAACAUCGUAGUGUGGGAUCUGCAGAACCAGACUCUGGUUAGGCAGUUCCAGGGUCACACAGACGGGGCCAGCUGCAUCGACAUCUCCAACGACGGCACAAAACUCUGGACAGGAGGGCUGGACAACACUGUCCGGUGUUGGGAUCUGAGGGAAGGCCGGCAGCUGCAGCAACACGACUUUAGCUCCCAGAUUUUCUCCCUGGGCUCCUGCCCCACAGGCGAAUGGCUGGCCGUCGGGAUGGAAAGCAGCAACGUCGAGAUCCUGCACGUGUCGAAGCUUUCCGAGAAGUACUUUUGAAGCCUCCAUCUCCCCCUUAAUGAGAGCUGCGUCCUUGGUCUGCAAGGUUCGGCCUCCUUGGCGGUAGGUGGUCUCUUGCCUCGUAGGAAAUGCGGGAAAUGGUUUGUCAGUACGGGAAAGGAUAACCUCUUGAAUGCAUGGAGAACCCCUUAUGGAGCCAGUAUAUUCCAGUCGAAGGAAUCGUCCUCCGUCCUCAGCUGUGACAUUUCUACGGAUGACCAGUUCAUCGUCACCGGCUCCGGGGACAAGAAAGCCUCCGUUUAUGAGGUCAUCUACUGAGGAAGGUCGAUGGCCUCAUCAGAGACACUUAGCUGGGACAGGAGCUAACCACUCUCCCCAGUUUCCAGCCAAAGAAUAAAGCUUACAGGACCUUGGCCAGGGAGAGAGAGAGACAGCAGGGGCAGCAGCACACACACACACACCCGAACCACCACCACCGAGCACCCUACUUCUACGGCGGCGGGGGGAGAGAGAAAUAAUUCCUUUCAGAACAAAAGCGACGACGAAGGGAUUCCGGCGGCUGCUGCUUUGUUUCUCCCUGUGUUUCUUUUUUUUUUCUGGGGAGCGUUUUUGUCUUCGGGGGACUGUUUUUCUUGUGUAUUCGUUUUUUUUAAAAAAAAAUCUCGGGCUAAUAAAAGGGGGAAGGGGUUACUUGUGAUGGAAGAGAGCCAUUGCAGUCUCUUUUUGGUUUUUUUGGUUUUUGCUUUGACGGAUGUAUUUAAUAAUAAAAAAAAAAUCUACCGCA